UCUGAGAAGCUGCAUCAGAUCAGAUCUUCAGGAGUUGAUGAUGAUUCUCUGCUGGGUUUGGAGUUACAGUUUAACUACGCAUGCGCACACAGAACCAGCUGCUGAAACUGAAAGUUAACCAUCAGUUUCCUUCAGUCCUGGAAUCCAUUUUGUGGCGCAGAUAUCAGGACAACAAGGCGGGACCUUUACUGGACCUGAAUCACUGGAACUGACGGGUUCUGGUUUCUCUCUCAGCCUGACUGAAGUCCAUAAGAUGGACGGUUGGAAUCUAAAGGAGGAUAAAGCAGAACCUCCAGGAUCCAGCUGUCCGUCCAAGAGGAGUGACUGGUCCAAAGAAGAACCUCCAGACAUGAGUAAAGAACCUGGACCUUCAGAACCAAAACGGAGGAAGAGUAGCAGCCCCCAGUGCGGAGAAAGACCCAGAACAGGAGCUGGACUGCUGACAGCCAAUCAGAGCAGCUGUUCACCAGCAGAUGUUGGUCUGCAGGAGGUUCUAGAGGAACAUAAGAUCAGUCUGAGGAGGAGAUGUGAAUGUGUGACUGAAGGAAGUGAUGAAACAGGAAGUAGAACCCUCCUCAACAGGAUCUACACUGAUCUCUACAUCACAGAGGGACAGAGUGAAGAGGUUAAUACCCAACAUGAGGUGGAGCAGCUGGAGACAGCUUCCAAGAACCAGAACCUCCAUAACUCUCCAAUCAGGUGCCACGACAUCUUUAAACCCUUACCUGACCAGCAUGGAGCCAUCAGAGUGGUUCUGACCAACGGCGUCGCUGGUGUUGGAAAAACCUUCUCAGUGCAGAAGUUCACUCUGGACUGGGCAGAGGGCUUGGAGAACCAAGAUGUCAGUGUGGUGGUUCUGCUUUCGUUCAGGGAGCUGAACUUGAUCAGAGAGGAGCAGCACAGUCUUCUCACGCUGCUCCAUGUUUUCCAUCCAACACUCCAGAAGCUCCCAGCAGAGAAGCUGGCUGUCUGUAAACUUCUCUUCAUCUUUGAUGGCCUGGAUGAAAGCAGACUUUCUCUGGACUUCAACGACAGUCAGCUUGUUUCUGAUGUCACCCAGAAGUCAUCAGUCAAAGUUCUGCUGACAAACCUCAUCAAGGGGAACCUGCUGCCCUCGGCUCUCGUCUGGAUAACUUCCAGACCUGCAGCGGCCAAUCAGAUCCCUCCUUCAUGUGUUGCCAGGGUAACAGAAGUACGAGGCUUCACUGAUGCUCAGAAGGAGGAGUACUUCAGGAGGAGGUUCAGUGAUGAAGAGCUGUCCAGCAGAAUCAUCUCCCACAUCAAGACCUCCAGGAGCCUCCACAUCAUGUGUGGAAUCCCAGUCUUCUGCUGGAUCACUGCUACAGUUCUGGAGAACAUGUUGACCACAGAGCAGAGAGGAGAGCUGCCCAAGACCAUGACUGACAUGUACUCACACUUCCUGCUGGUCCAGACAAAGAGGAAGAAGAACAAGUACCAUGAAGGACAUGAGAGGAGUCCACAGGAGCUGAUGGAGGCUGACAAGGAAGUUCUUCUGAAGCUGGGGAGGCUGGCAUUUGAACAUCUGGAGAAAGGAAACAUCAUGUUCUACCAAGAAGAUCUGGAGCAGUGUGGUCUAGAUGUCCCAGAAGCCUCGGUGUACUCAGGAGUUUGUACAGAGAUCUUCAAAAGAGAGAGUUUGAUCUUCCAGAAACCAGUUUACUGCUUUGUUCAUCUGAGCAUCCAGGAGUUCCUGGCUGCAGUCUACAUGUUCUACUGUUUCACCAGCAGGAACACAGAGGUGAUGAAGAACUUCCUGGGAGAAGAUUACAGUGAAACAUCUCUGGAGGACUUCAUGGAGAACGUCAUGAAGAAAUCCCUCAGCAGUAAAAAUGGUCACCUGGACCUAUUUGUCCGCUUCCUUCAUGGCCUCUCUGAGGAGUCCAACCAGAGACUCUUAAGAGGUCUGGUGGGUCAGACAAAGAACAGUCCAGAAACCAUCCAGAAAAUCAUCAACAACCUGAAGGAGAUGAAUACUUAUAAUAUCUCUCCAGACAGAAGCAUCAACAUCUUCCACUGUCUGAUGGAGAUGAAGGACCUCUCAGUUUAUCAGGAGAUCCAACAGUUCCUGAAAUCAGAGAACAGAUCAGAGAAGAAGCUCUCAGAGAUCCAGUGUUCAGCUCUGGCCUACAUGCUGCAGAUGUCAGAGGAGGUUCUGGAUGAGUUGGACUUGGAGAAGUACAACACAACAGAGAAUGGACGACUGAGACUGAUUCCAGCUGUGAGGAACUGCAGAAAGGCUCGGUGA